AUGGAGGAGAACAAGGCUGCAUCGUCAGAGACGCCUGCGGCGCCCGUCGCUGUCUUCAAGAAGCGAGGCGCAAAGGCCAAGAUGAAUUUCAGAAAGAGGCCUGCGACGCCACCACCUGCAAACAGCGAUAGCGAUGACUCCGACUAUACCUCCGCAGAAGAUGACCAAGGCAGGAAGGUCAAGCGCAGGAAGAAGAGCACGGGUAUUGUCACAGCAUCUUCAAAGGACAACCCAGCGGUAGAUAAGGACCUGUCCGCCUCUGUCUUUAGUGCCGACCGCAGCGUACCCAUAAGUAACUCCAAUGAUGCUAUGAAGCAGAGUAACUGGUAUGACGAGGAAGCGAAGGAUGCACUGUUAGCAAAGAACCUCCUGGGUUUAACUCGAGCCAAGAACCCCAAUGCACCCAAGAAGACGGUUGGCCCUAUCAAGGCCCCCACGAACAUCUGCACGAUCAUAGUUAUGGACUACGCCCCCGACGUGUGUAAAGACUAUAAGCAGACCGGCUUCGCGGCUUUGGCGACAACUUCGUGGGCCCUGGAUAAAGAGUGGGAAGACGUCAUGAAGGGCAAGAAGAACCUCGGCGGGAUAGUGGUGGCUAGCGCGGACCGGAAGAACAGGACGGCGGAGGAUGAGGAUGACGCGGAGGACGAGGACGACGCGGAGGAGGCGCUGCUGGAGAACAUCCCGUUUGUCUGCUAG